GUCUUUCACGCGGGCAGACGAUUGGUCCAAAAGCGUGGUCUGACAACGAUACACCAUCGUAGACGAAUAAAUGCCAAGCGCAUUUCUUUACAGUUCAUUAAAUGAGUAUGAGCUUGCGGUACUUGUAACUGAAUAUAGAAAAAAUACCGAAAAAUUGUUGAAUUAUUAAAUGUGCAAGAUUAUUUUGUGAUAUUUUCAUUCCCCUAGGAUUUGAAGGAUUGCUUCUACAAUUUAAAAUAUAUACACUUUCAAAAUGCCCGCUAGAGCACCGGAAACCGAACGCCACGUAGGCAACAGUUUCAGUGACGAUAUCGCUAUCACCGGUAUAUCAGGACGUUUACCGGAAAGUAGUUCGAUAGAAGAGUUCAAGCAACAACUCUUCGACGGCGUCGAUCUCGUCACCGACGACGCCAGAAGAUGGCCUUCCGGUUUAUACGGUCUACCAACUAGAAGCGGCAAAUUGAAAAACUUACAGUAUUUCGACGCGACGUUUUUCGGAGUGCACGCCAAACAGGCGCACGUUAUGGAUCCGCAACUUCGUAUGUUGUUGGAAUUAACGUACGAAGCUAUAGUGGACGCGGGUAUGAACCCCGGCGAGAUGAAAGGUACGAAGACGGGGGUAUUUAUAGGAGUAUCCGAUAGCGAAUCGUCGGAAUAUUGGACACAAGACCCGGACAAAAUAAACGGUUACGGUUUAACUGGUUGUUGCAGAGCCAUGUUUCCAAAUAGAGUGUCUUACACUUUCGACUUUAGCGGACCGAGUUACGCGAUCGAUACCGCGUGUUCCAGCAGUUUAAUCGCGUUUCAACAAGCAAUUACCGCCAUUAAAACAGGACAAUGCGAUUCGGCAAUAGUCGGCGGAGUAAAUCUCCUACUAAAACCGACUUCUUCGUUACAAUUUCACCGGCUCGGUAUGUUGAGUCCUCAAGGUAUGUGUAAAGCUUUCGAUGCGUCGGGAAACGGUUACGUGAGAUCGGAAGCAGCUGUGGUAGUACUUUUACAGAAAGUCAGUUCGGCCAAAAGAGUAUACGCCACCGUAUUAGGCGCUAAAACGAACACGGACGGUAAUAAAGAACAAGGUAUCACGUUCCCUUCCGGUUCCAUGCAGAAUAAACUAAUCCGAGAAGUUUACGAAGAAAUCGGCGUUCAACCACAAGAAGUAUCGUACAUCGAAGCCCACGGCACUGGGACUAAAGUAGGAGACCCCCAAGAAGUGAAUUCUAUCGCGGAUUUCUUCUGCAAGAAUCGUACAGAUCCUCUACUGAUAGGUUCGGUUAAAAGUAACAUGGGACACGCCGAACCGGCGUCCGGUUUAUGUUCUUUAGCUAAAAUCGUCAUAGCCAUGGAAUCGGGGAUGAUACCGCAAAAUUUGCAUUUCGAAUCGCCGAACAAGGACAUACCGGCGCUUAACGACGGUCGACUCAAAAUCGUAUCGAAGAACGAACCUUGGAACGGAGGGAUUAUAGCUGUCAAUUCUUUUGGUUUCGGCGGCGCUAACGCGCACGUCGUCCUCAAAUCGAAUCCGAAACCUAAAACUACCUGGCCCGUCGGCGAAGUACCCAGAGUGGUCGGCGUUUCCGGUAGAACCGAACAAGCCAUAACGAAUUUCUUGAAUAGAAUCGAAGAAUAUAAAAACGACGAAGAAUUCCUCGCUCUUAUCGACGAUAUACACAGCAGAAACAUCAACGGUCAUUAUUACAGAGGUUACGCCGUUUUACAAGAUAAAGCGGUUAAAGAAGUCGUCCAAACGCAAGGAGAUAACCGACCGAUCGUUUACAUAUUCAGCGGUAUGGGUUCGCAAUGGUCCGGUAUGGCGAAAGAUUUAAUGCGAUUGGAAACAUUCGAGAAUUCUAUCAAGAGAUGUUCGGAUGCUUUGAAACCGCACGGUAUUAAUUUGGAAGAGAUCAUCAUUACGGGAACGGAUGCUACGUUCGAUAACGUUUUGAAUUCGUUUGUUUCGAUAGCUGCGAUGCAAGUAGCCCUAACGGACGUUUUGAAAAUGUUGGGAAUCGAACCCGAUAUCAUCAUCGGACAUUCAGUCGGUGAAGUAGGAUGCGCUUACGCCGACGGUACAUUCAGCAUAGAACAAGCAAUUCUGGCAGCUUACUCCAGAGGUCGCGCCAUCAUGGAAAGCAAUUUACCUCACGGCGCGAUGGCCGCCGUUGGCUUAACCUGGGAGGACGCUAAGAAACGUUGUCCUCCCGAUAUAUUCCCAGCUUGCCACAACGGCGAAGACAACGUUACCAUAUCGGGACCCGUAGAAACGGUCGCCAAAUUCGUAGAACAACUACAAGCCGAAGGUAUCUUCGCAAAAGUGGUUAAUUCGGCCGGAACGGCUUUUCACAGUAAAUACAUCGCCGAUGCGGGUCCCAGAUUAAGGAAAGCACUAGAAAGUAUCAUACCUAAUCCGAAACCGAGAUCACCGAGAUGGAUUUCUUCUUCUAUUCCGGAAUCCGCUUGGGGUACGCCGUUAGCUCUACAAAGUUCGGCGGCUUACCACGUUAAUAAUUUAUUAUCGCCGGUUUUGUUCCACGAGGCGUUGAAACACGUCCCCGAGAAUGCUAUUACCAUAGAAAUCGCCCCCACGGGUCUUCUGCAGGCAAUUCUGAAGAGAUCGCUCGGACCUAAGACGACUAAUAUCAGUCUAGUUAAACGGGGAUACGCCGAUAAUUUGGAAUUUCUGUUAACUGCUCUUGGAAAGAUUUAUGCGUCAGGAGCGCAACCGCGUUUCGGUAAUUUAUAUCAUCCUGUUAGUUAUCCUGUCGGUAAAGGUACCCCCAUGAUAAAUUCAAUGGUGGAAUGGGAUCAUUCUAUAGAAUGGGCCGUGGCUGAUUUCAGUGGUAAAGGGUCUAGAUCCGGAGAAUUGGUGGUCGAUAUUGAUCUUAGUAAGGAAAGCGACGAGUAUCUCGCUGGACAUACCAUUGACGGUCGAGUUUUGUUCCCAGCUACUGGAUAUUUGACUCUGGUAUGGAAAACGUUCGCCAAACUACGAAACGAAGAUUUCGAACAGCUUCCGGUAAUAUUGGAAGACGUCCAGCUCCACAGGGCCACCAUAAUGCCCAAAGAAGGCUCCGUCAAAUUUCUCAUAAACAUAUUCGAAGGUACCGGCGAAUUCGAGUUGUGCGAAGGCGGCUCGGUUGCCGUAACCGGCAAAAUAUCAGUACCAGAUGACGUCAGCAAAGAAAUAUUGAACUUACCGGAACCGGUAGUAAAUAAAGAAGAAGACGUCUUACCUCUAACUUCCGCUGAUAUUUACAAAGAACUUCGAUUGAGAGGUUACGAUUACGAGGGGAUAUUCAAAGGUAUCGCUGAAUCGGAUAAUAGAGGUUUGGCGGGAAAACUCAAAUGGGACGACAACUGGAUAAGUUUUAUCGAUACGAUGUUGCAAUUUUCUCUACUCGGACAAAAUACCAAAGAACUUUAUUUACCAACGAGAAUCCAGAGAGUUUUAAUCGAUCCUAAGAAACAUUUAGAUGGCGUAAAAACGUUUUUACCUGUAUAUAUGUACAGGAACAUCGGCGUUAUCAAAUCUGGAGGGGUGGAAUUACGCGGAUUGAAAGCUAGUUUAGCGCCGCGACGCCAACAAGUCCAACCGCCGCCUAAAAUCGAAAAAUACCAAUUCGUCCCGUACGAAAACAACCAAACUUUAAUCGAAGAUACCGAAAAGAAUCAAAUACAAGCUCUAACGGUUUUAAUACAAACGGUUAUCGAAAACAGCAACGGCGCCAUGAAGAUCAAAGUUACCGAAGUCGGUACCGACAAACCGAUCGAAUCGGUUCUCGCGCCAAUAGUCAAAAACAUCAUCGAAUUGGAACCUAUGUUAUCGUCCGAGGUGACUGUAGUCACCGCGUCCCCUAUAGACACGACUAAUUUGGAUCUAAACGACAUCAAACAUGUAUUGAAGGAUGUUACGACGACGAACGUAGCUCAAGACGUCCACCUUGUCGUCCUCAGCGACGUUCUGAUGUACAACAAAAUGGAUAUACUGAAAAACGCCGUAGCUUCACUGAAAAACGGCGGAUUCGUACUCUUGGAAGAACUAAAAGGAUCGUUGGAUAUGUCCAAAUUAACCGAUUUGGAGUUGAUUGGCAAACAGAUGACCGAUAUGAAGAUAUAUCUGUUGUUACGCAGACCGGUUCCGGUCCCUAAAGACGCCACCGUCAUACGCAUAACCGAGAAGAAUUUCGAUUGGGUGGAACCGCUGAAGGACGCCAUGAAACUAGCCGAAAACGACCUUAGAAAGAUUUACUUGUACGCGCAAGGUGAAAAACUCGCCGGUCUGGUGGGCAUGGUAAACUGUUUGAAACAGGAGGCCGGCGGGGGUGGUAUUCGAUCGAUUUUUAUUCAGGAUGCCGAUGCGCCGAAGUUUACCAUCGAGGCUUACAGAAAACAACUCGCCAAAGAUUUGGUACAUAACGUUUUGAGGAAUCGGGUUUGGGGUUCGUUCAGGCAUAUCGUACUCGAAUGUUUCGGUGACAACGGGAAAUUGCAAGUCGAACACGCUUAUAUCAAUACGCUCACUAGAGGGGAUUUGGCCAGUUUGAGAUGGAUCGAAGGACCACUCGGAUAUUAUAAAAACGACGAUGUUAAUACCGAAUUAUGCCACGUAUACUACGCCCCCCUAAACUUCCGCGACAUUAUGCUCGCCACCGGUAAACUUCCACCGGACGCCCUACCCGGAGAUUUAGCAGGACAAGAUUGUAUCCUAGGAUUAGAAUUUUCCGGUCGAAAUUCAGACGGAAAACGUGUAAUGGGUAUGGUAGCCGCCAAGAGUUUAGCCACAACGGUUUUAGCCAAAACCGAAUUUUUAUGGGAAGUACCAGAAAAAUGGAGCUUGGAAGAAGCAGCUACAAUACCCGUAGUUUACGGAACGAGUUAUUACGCUCUCAUCGUUAGGGGCGGUUUAAAACCGGGCGAAUCUCUACUAAUUCACGCCGGUACUGGUGGCGUAGGUCAAGCAUCGAUAGCCAUCGCUCUCCAUAUGGGAUGCACCGUAUUUACCACGGUCAGCACCCAAGCAAAACGAGAUUUCUUAAAAAAGACCUUCCCUCAAUUGAAAGACGAACAUAUCGGCAAUUCUCGCGAUACUAGUUUCGAACAGAUGAUUCUAACUCAAACCGACGGUAGAGGCGUCGAUUGCGUGUUGAAUUCCCUAGCCGGUAACCAACUUCAAGCUUCGAUUCGAUGCCUAGCGGUAGGAGGUAGAUUCUUGGAAAUCGGAAAAGUCGAUUUGUCCAACAAUUCCCCGUUGGGGAUGAGUUUAUUUUUGAAAAAUACCACUUUCCACGGUAUACUACUGGACGCUCUAUUCAAUUCGAACAGUUCCGAUAAUAAACUCGUUUUCGAUUUGGUAACGGAAGGUAUCAAAAAUGGCGCGGUGAAGCCGUUACCGAAAACCGUUUUUAACGAAAAUCAAGUCGAACAAGCGUUCCGGUACAUGGCUUCCGGUAAACAUAUAGGUAAAGUUUUACUACAAAUAAGAGAAGAAGAAAGUAGGGAUAUUCGACGACCGGUUAUUAAAACGGUAAGCGCCAUACCGAGGACUUAUAUGGAUCCGGAAAAGAGUUACGUCUUAGUAGGAGGUCUCGGCGGUUUCGGAUUGGAAUUGACCAAUUGGUUGAUAACUAGAGGCGCUAAAAACAUUGUAUUAACAUCGAGAAGCGGUAUCAGAACAGGUUAUCAAUCGUUAUCGAUUAGAAGAUGGAGAGAAAAAGGUGUAAAAGUUUUAGUAUCGACUUCGGAUGCGACAACGGACAAAGGCGCAAGAAAACUUUUAACUGAAGCUAACGAACUAGGUCCCGUCGGCGGUAUAUUCAAUUUAGCCGCCGUGCUACGCGACGCCAUGAUGGAAAAUCAAACGUCCUCCGAUUUCAAAACCGUCAGUAAACCUAAAGUUGACGGUAGUAAAAUGUUGGACGUCGCGUCGAGAGAUUUGGCACCGCAUUUGGAUUAUUUCGUUACUUUUUCAUCGAUAUCGUGCGGUCGAGGUAACGCCGGACAGGCUAAUUACGGUUUAGCCAAUUCGGCUAUGGAACGUAUAUGCGAAGAGAGACAAAACGACGGUUUACCCGGUACCGCGAUCCAAUGGGGAGCUAUAGGUGACGUCGGUCUUGUAAUCGAAACAAUGGGAGGUAACGACACCGAGAUCGGCGGUACUUUACCACAAAGAAUGUCAUCGUGUUUAGCUACGAUGGAUAUUUUGUUGCAACAACCCCAUUCCGUGGUCGCCAGUAUGGUAUUGGCGGAUAAACGUAAAGGAGGAUCGAAUACUAAUCAAAUCAGUUUAACCGAUGCCGUAGCUAACAUACUAGGAAUCAAAGAUUCGACUACAGUAACUCCUUCGGCUACUUUAGCCGAUUUGGGUAUGGAUUCCCUUAUGGGGGCCGAAAUUAAACAAACUUUGGAAAGAAAUUACGAUCUGGUGCUAAACGCGCAAGAAAUACGAGCUCUAACCUUCGGUAGAUUAAUCGAACUCGGCGACGGUGGCGGUUUAACCGAACCGGUAACCGUAAUACAAGAUAACAAUGUAAAUUUCGAUACAUCGACUGAUAUAAUGCCGAAAAAGAAUUUGGUACAAAUGAAUAGUAGAGACGAAAAAUUACCGCCGGUGUUUGUGGUACAUCCCAUAGAAGGGGUGGUUACCGCAUUGGAAGAUCUAGCAAAGAAUAUCAAAGUACCGGUAUACGGUUUACAGUGUACCGCUUCGACUCCUUUGACAUCUAUCGGCGAUUUGGCAAAAUAUUACAUUAGUCAAAUUAAGACGGUUCGACCUAAAGGUCCCUAUACUAUAAUCGGUUAUUCUUUCGGCGCAUGUGUCGCUAUCGAAAUGGGAAUUUAUUUGGAGAGGAAUGAGGAGAAAGUCGAUUUAUUUUUGGUGGACGGUUCGCAUUCUUACGUCGCUACUCAUACGGGGAAAGCGAAAAAUACGAAGAUUCAAGGUAAUACGUCGGCGGAACAAUCCGAAGUUUUGAUCUAUUUUAUAAUGCAGUUUAAGGAAAUCGAUCAACAAAAGGCAUUCGUAGAAAUGAUGGAACUGAAAUCGUGGAACGAGAGAUUGGCUUGGACGGUAGAUAUAUUAUCCGGAGCUACGCCUUUUUCGCCGGAAGACAUCGCAGUAGCUGCUACCAGUUUCUAUGGAAAAUUGGCGGCGGCCGAUAAAUACGUACCCAGUGGAAAGUUCAAUGGAAAAGUUACUUUAUUCAAAGCCAUAGAUAAUUAUGUACAAAUGGGUGAGGAUUACGGUUUAUCGGAGGUUUGUACUCAAAAGGUAACAAUAGAGGCUCUAAAAGGCAACCACAAAAGUAUAUUAUCCGGGAGAAGCGUAGAAAAAAUCGCCAAUAUUUUCAACAAUUUGGUUCAAGUAUAAAACAUCGCUUAAAAUAUUUACAUUUAUUUAUCUUGGGUCCAAUUUUUUUUAUAUAUAAAAAAAUUAUUUUAUAUUUAUAAGCGUGUGUGUGUAUAUAUAUAUUUUAUAAGUAAUUUAUUGGUUACUGAAUCAUUUUUUUUUCUAAGUUAGAAAAUGGAUUUAUUUUUGUAUGUUUGUGACCAAAGAUUUGAAUCUUAUUAAACCCUGGAGGUGGCGCGGGGUUUGUUGCUUGACCUUUUGCGCGUCAUCGUCAAGGUUAACAUUUUUUGUUAUUCGUUAAAUGUGAUAAAAAUAAUAAACAUAAUUAAUA